CAGUUGUCCUUCCUCUGCCUUCCUCCACGCCUCCUCGAGAUCAAAUGAGGAGUGGUUGAGGAGCCAAGAUCCAGCCAGCUGACUGAGCACACGCAGGCUCAGCCAUUAAGUGGACGGAAGAGGAUGAGAGCGCUUCUGGGGAACAGAUCCGGAGCUUGAAUCCCGCCUGACGAGGCAAGCUGCUGUCGGAGAUGACCGAGCUGUCGCUUCACCGACGGCCUCCCUCAGAUUUCAGGAAUUCAUCUCCGCUGUGACAGGACAGCGGGGACAUUUGAACUGAGAAGUUCGGAUUGUGGAUCGUUUCUACUUCAGCAAGGAACAAAGCAUUCACGUCAAAUAGCCAAUCAAACGCCAGGAUGAAGAAGAGCUUUUACUAUUUGGGCUUCCUCCUGCUGGGCCUUCAUUUGCUAACAGCCAGCGGGCAGCUGGAACCCCAAAAACAAAUGCCCCCCGACCCUCUUACUGCCACACAAAGACGUGGGCUCGUCGAGCGGGACGUGCAGGGUCCAGUGCGGCCCAACAUCAGCACGCCACGCCGUCGAUUGCCCCCCAUGUGCAGUGCGCCCACAGAAAUCCGUGACACAUUCAAAUACAUCAACACGGUGGUGUCUUGCCUCGUGUUUGUGGUGGGCAUCAUUGGAAACUCCACACUUUUACGGAUCAUCUAUAACAAUAAAUACAUGCGCAACGGGCCAAACAUCCUCAUCGCCAGCCUGGCUCUUGGAGACCUGCUACACAUCGUCAUUGGCAUUCCCAUAAACGUUUACAAGCUCCUCGCAGAGGAUUGGCCCUUCGGGGUGGCUCUGUGCAAGCUGGUGCCAUUUGUCCAGAAAGCCUCAGUGGGGAUCACAGUGCUGAGUCUGUGUGCGCUGAGUAUUGACAGGUAUCGCGCCGUGACCUCGUGGAGCCGAAUCAAAGGGAUCGGCGUUCCCAAGUGGAUGGCUAUCGAAAUUGCACUCAUCUGGAUAUUAUCCGUCGUGCUGGCUGCGCCCGAGGCCGUGGCUUUUGACAUGAUCACCAUGGACUACAAAGGAGAGCACUUGAGGAUCUGUUUGUUGCACCCCAUGCAGAAAACAGACCUUAUGAGGUUUUAUAAAGCGGUGAAGGACUGGUGGCUGUUCAGUGCAUAUUUCUGCCUGCCGUUGGCCUGCACUGCCAUUUUCUACACUCUGAUGACCUGUGAGAUGCUGAGGAAGAAGAACGGCGUUCAAAUUGCUCUCAGUGACCACCUCAAACAGCGACGGGAGGUUGCAAAGACUGUGUUCUGUCUGGUUCUGGUCUUCGCUCUGUGCUGGCUCCCCCUCCACCUCAGCCGCAUUCUAAAACUCACCAUCUACAACGAGAAAGAUCCGAACCGCUGCGAGCUGCUCAGCUUCUUUUUAGUCUUAGACUACAUUGGCAUCAACAUGGCGUCUGUCAACUCCUGCAUCAACCCCAUCGCCCUCUACAUGGUCAGCAAGCGAUUCAAAAAUUGCUUCAGGUCCUGCCUGUGCUGCUGGUGCCUUCCAGCGGAGAUGCCGAUGACGGACGACAAGCAGUCGUGCGUCAAGCUGAAGGUGACCGAAAGAGCUUCCGACCAGAGCAACUCUCGCGUGACCAACAAGUCCACCACGGCCUGAAUUUCGGAAGCUACUCCCAAAAACCAGGUCAGAAGAACGACAAGGCGGACGUGACUUUUCUGGCUCUCAGCCCGGGUGACGACAACGACAGCAUUGCGUGGAUUGACAGCGUGAGGUUACCUUUGUGCCACUGUGUUGCUUCUUUUCAACUUCUGACUGUACUACUGAUGUACUAUUACGGUGUGAAGAACUUUCAGCUGUUUUAUUAUCGUGUUUGAUAUUAUUGAGCCUACUCUUUCAGGUUUUGUUCAUGUUUUAUCUCCACAUUUCAAUCUGCUUCAUUGACGUUGAGUGCAUGGGACAGGUGGUCAAAGUUCUUCAAAUAAACAUAGUAUGGGUAGCUGUAUACGGGUCAUUUUUAUAUCAUUUGAUUCAUAACGGUAAGGACAUGGUCCACUUCAUUUUCAUUUUGAAAAUCAAUUCGAGUUUUGGAAUUAUUGGCAGUUGUUAUCCAUCAAAAGUUCCUAAUUCAUAAAAUUGGUCAUGCUGCGAAAAUGUCUUGACCGUUAGGUGUCUGAAAUAAACUUUCGUGAUUUGCAACAUGGCGGCACGGUUAGAGCGUCUGCCUCGCAGUUCUGAGGACCGGGGUUCGAUCCCCGGCCCCCCCCCCCCGCCCCCCUGUGUGGAGUUUGCAUGUUCUCCCCGCGCCUGCGUGGCUUUUCUCCGGGCGCUCCGCUUUCCUCCCACAUCCCAAAAACAUGCAUGCUCGGUUCAUUGACGACUCUAAAUUGCCCGUAGGUGUGAAUGUGAGUGCCAAUGGUUGUUUGUUCGUAUGUGCCCUGCGAUUGGCCGGCGACCGGUUCAGGGCGUGCCCCGCCUCCUGCCCGAUGACAGCCGGGAUAGGCUCCGGCACGCCCGCGACCCGCGUGGGGCGAAGCGCGACAGAAAAUGGACGCAUGGAUGGUUUGCAACAUGUUUUUCUGAAGAUGCUACUGACAUUUUUCGAUGACUUAAUUGAGCUUUUCCAAGAAAACUAAGAGCAAUGCAAUUUUGGUUCUUUGUCAUUCAAGUUGUCUUUCGCGUUAGCGCCUCAUGCCGAUGUCGCAAUACGCCAGAGGGAUCUGUGAUGAGGCAGCCAUUUUGCAUUCACGCAAUAGCAGACAGCAAAAUAAAAGCUAUUUCUGAGCUACGAAUGAAUAUGUACGAAUUUGUGAAAGUGGCGCAACUAUUGCUUGUCUUUACCGUUACUACGAUUGUGCAAAGACAAGGGUGCAAUGGCUUUAAUGAGGAGCUUGGAUCAUUUCCGCACUUGUGUGUGCAGAGUUCGAAGGGCAACAAAUUGUGCAACUCACACCAUUUUUUUUUUUUUAUCAAGCCGUUGGUGUCUUUACUGCACUUUUGUCUUUAUAAAAAGUUAUAAAAAGAAGUGCAUUUCAAUCGGGAUUGCCUUUGCUAUCAAUGCCUAAAAUUGGAAAUCAUCCAAAACAUUUUGAAAGUGGGACUUUUAAGCGCGCCUGUUUCAGCAUGCGAGAAAAUUGAACAAAUGAUAUAUCAAUGACCCAUACAAUGUGUGUGUGUGUAUAUAUAUAUAUAUAUAUAUAGUAUAUGUGUGUGUUAAAGUAGUCUGUUCGUGUAGAUGGUAAAUGUUUCAGCGUUGUCUGUUAUUGUGUCCGAGCGAACGCGCUUGUGUGUGAUUGACUUAAGCGUGAAGGCAGGCCGCAUCAUAUGAUGAGCGGGCGAACACAGAACCUUAUUGUGAUCUCCCUGUCUUCCUCUCACUUCUCAAUGACACGCGCGCACGCAGAUCUUUGCGGCUCUGACUUGGGAAUGUUCCCGCAGGCUAAUCCAGUGUCACGCAUGUCACAUGAACGGCCGCGGAGCCAAAGAAGCUCUCGGUCCUGUGAUCGCUCGGCAGCCCUCCUCCUUCUUGUCUUUUACCUUUUCCAGGCCGAACUCUUGGCAUUCCCCAAAAGUCAUAGAAUAGUUCAUAUAAAUAACAGACAGUCGUUGUUUCUCCCUUUGUUUUAAUGCAAUGCAAUAGUGGGGGGGAAAUACAUAUUUGAUCAACUUUCUUUUUCACACAAAACAUUAAGAACAACUUCAGAAUUUUUAAGAAAAACCGAAUUUGCUUCACCUUCUCAUCUACAUGUGUGGAAUAUAACUGCCGAUUGUAUGUAUCUAAAGGCACAAAACUCUAAGUCACGUGUAUUUGGGAGGGACAAAUUUAGUAUUGGACUUUAAUAUGAAAUGAAUCUCGGAAUAAUUUGAACCCCAUUUUCCCAAAACAGGGACAACAUCUUGUUCUUCCGAUCUGUUCCACAUGCGCCCCAAAUGUGAUGCUAAUCAAGGCUACGGAAUCACAAUCACAAUCAUCUUUAUUUGGCAAGUAUGUCCAAAAAACACACAAGGAAUUUGUUUCCGGUCGUCGGAGCCGCUCGAGGACGACAACAGAAAGCCCGUUGGCGGAGAACACUUUGGAGACAGAAAAAAAAAACAGUCCCUGAGCAAUAAAGGGUUGCUUGUUAUCUGGUAAUGCCGGUACAUUUAAAAAAAAAUUUUUUUUACAAUUGUGCAAAACGAUGCAGAGUCCUCUAGCACUUUGAGCACCAAUAUUGCAAUAUUACAUUUGCAUAUACAUAUACAUAUACAUAUACAUUUGCAAUAAGAAAACAACAUUUGGGAGGUCUACAGACAAUGUGACGUAACCAUAUGUGGAGUAUUCCUACAUUGUCGUCUGUGGGUUUAUAAAUGCAAGUAUGAUUGAAAAAAGCUGGAAAACAAUUCCACUGGGGGAUCAAUUCUGGGCAAAUGUAUUUUAGGAUAUGUUGGCAAAAGUAUGCAAAUAAUGUCAACAUGGGUAGGUCUCAAUAGUUGUUGUUUUAAGAGCAUACAUGAUUGCUGUACAUUGCUAUGAUAAUAAACAUGAAUGAAUUCAUAUGUUGCAGUGCAACUGA